AUGGCCCGCGUCAUGGACCCGAGCGGCGCGUCGCGCGCUCCAUCGGGCCCUUCGACGACCCGCACGCACGACCGCGUCGCCGUCGCGUGCGCCGGCCGCGGCAUCAUUACCACCAAGCAGCUCAACUUUGGGUCAUCGUUCUAUCGCGUCGAGACGGCGUUCCUGCUGCUGUGGGAGGGCAACGUGUGCGGCGCCGUCGAGACGGGCGAGUACGAGGAGAUCUACGCCAGGUUCCUGACCAUCGGGUUCAUGGCCGCGAUGAACAUAAAGGGCGGCGAGCAGACCACCGACGAGGCAGACGAGCUGAUCGCCAGCUGCCGGGCGGGAGAGAUCGGGGAGGAGGCCCUAGGGGAUGAGGCAUGGGAGAAGGACGGACAUGGACACGGCCGCGAGCUGCUGCAGAAGAGGUUCAUGGAGAUGCACCGGAACAAGUCCCUCUGCGCCGUGUGGCGACGCAAGAACCACGUGGAGAAGAUGAAGACCAUGAUGAUGCAGAAUCAGCAGCGGCAACAACAACAACAGAUUCAGAUGCAGCAGCAACAGGUUCAUUUGCAGCAGCGGCAGCAGAUUCAUAUGCAGCAGAAGCAACAGCAGAUUCAGCAACAACAGAUUCAGAUGCAGCAGCAGCGGCGGCGGCAACAGCAAUUUCAGCAACACCAGAUGAUGAUUCAGAAGCAGCGUCAGCAACAGCUGACGAUGGCUCAACAGCAAGAGCAGCAGUACCUGGAUGACAACGCCAUCUGUAGCCUGGAUUCUGGAGAAAUCGUCAACAACCAGAUUGAAUAA